UUAAGAUGAAUACACUUUCCACUUAUGUCCUUAUUAAAGAAUAUCCUUAAUUUCCAAACUGUACUUGGAGUUCUAGCCAAUAUGUUUCUCCUUUUUUUCUACACUGUCAUAAUCCUAGUUCAUAGAUUUAAGCCCAUGGACCUGAUGUCCUGUCAACUGACCUUCAUCCACAUAGUGAUGGUCCUCACUGGAGGGGACCUUUGGCUUACAGACAUAUUUGAGUCACUGAACUUUGAGAAUGACUUCAAAUGUAAGGCAACUUUUUGCAUAAGCAGGGUGAUGAGAGGCCUCUCCAUCUGCAUCACCUGCCUCCUGAGUGUGUUCCAGGCUGUGACUAUAAGUCCCAGUACCUCAUUGUUGGCAAAAUUUAAACAUAAACUAAAGAUAUACACAACCAAUGCUUUCUUCUAUAUUUGGUCUCUCAAUUUGUCUAUCAGUAGUAGCUGUAUCUUUUAUGUUGGUGGUUUUACCAAUGUGAGUGAGAGUAACCAGAUGAAGGUCACCAAAUAUUGCUCAAUCUUCCCCAUGAACUACAUUAUCAGGGCACUGAUUUUAACAAUGACAACCUCCAGAGAUGUUUUUCUUGUAGGAGUUAUGUUGACCACAAGUGCAUACAUAGUGAUUAUCUUACUCAGACAUCAGAGGCAAUGCAAGCAUCUUCACAGCAUCCACCAACCGAGAGUGUCUCCUGAGAAAAGAGCCACCCAGACCAUCUUGCUUCUGGUGGUUGUCUUUGUGGUCAUGUACUGGGUUGACAUCAUCAUCUCAUCCACUUCAGUUCUAUUAUGGAUGUAUGAUCCGGUCAUCCUGACUGUUCAGAAGAUUGUGAUGAAUGCCUAUCCGACAAUUACUCCUUUGGUACAAAUCAGUUCUGAUAACAGAAUAAUCAAUAUGCUGAAAAACUUGUGGUCAAUAUGCCACCCAAAUUAA